CCACGUACAUUUCAAACACUCUCACCUACAGACACAUUACCUUCUCUAUCUGACACCAUCAAUUAUAUAUCUCACUCUCGCUCUCAAACACACACAUGCACGCACACACACACACACAUGUGUACACACGCUGGUGUGUGUGCUUCUGCUCGUGAUUUUCCAAUGAGGCGUUUUUGGGGGCUGGUUUUGGAGCGGCUGGUGUUUCUGUCUGAAAACUUCAAACUGAGUAAUUGCAGGAAACAGAAGAAGAAGAAGCAGCAGCUCCAAACCAGGAAAAGCAAACAGUGGGUGAUCCUGACAGUUUACCUCAAUGACACCCAGCAGAUGCUAACUGAGGUCCCUGUCACUCCAGCGACCAGAGUUAUCGAUGUGGUGGAGUACUGCAAAGAGGCCGGUGAGGGGGAGUGUCACCUAGCUGAAGUAUGGAACGGGCAUGAGCGAGUUCUCCCUCAGGAGUUGUUAUUGUUGGAUCUCCUUCAGCAGUGGGGAGCCAGGAGGCCCGAGGUCAGCUUCUACCUCAGACACUGCCCUUCCUGGACACAAGGAAGUCAGCAGCCUUUGGAGCAGAGCUGGACCACAGCAGCAACAGCAGAAAGUGCUAAUGACAAGGUUCCCCGUGUGGAGCUGACCCUCUCUGAGCUCCAAGAAAUGGCCACAAGACAACAACAACAAAUAGAGGCUCAGCAACAGAUGUUGCUCGCCAAGGAACAGAGACUGAGGUAUCUUCAGCAAGGAGGCAGAUCCAACCAGGGACAGUCACAGUCUGAAGCUGAGAAGCUGCAGCGGCUCAAAGAGCGAGUGGAGACGCAGGAAGCGAAGCUGAAGAAGAUCCGAGCCAUGAGAGGCCAAGUCGACUACAGCAAACUGAUCAACGGAAACCUCUCUGCAGAGAUCGACCAUGUGAGCAGCCUGUUUCAGGAGAAGCAGGCGGAGCUGCAGACUGCGGUGAUCAGAGUCGACCAGUUGACUCAGCAGCUGGAGGAUUUGAGGAGAGGACGCCUGCAGCUACACUCUGGUGCACCAGGUCAGGGGGCACCCACGGGACCCCAGGGUGCAGGCACUGGUCAUAAGGGAUCGCCUCUUUCAGGCCCUGCAGCUCUGGAGCUGAGGAAACUUUACCAGGAGCUGCAGGCUCGUAACCGGCACAAUCUGGAGCAGAGCAGCAAGUUGGCCCAGAAUAAGGAGCUGCUGAACAAGAGGAACGCCCAGGUGACCGUGAUGGAUCAACGCAUCGGUGACCUGAGAGAACGCCUGCAUAAGAAGAGAGCAGAGUUAAGUCGUAUGAAUGGAGGCACUCUGUCCUCCCCUCAAAGCUCUUCCCACCCCGGUGCUGGAGUUUCGGGUCGAGUGGCAGCUGUCUGCCCCUACAUCCAGGUUCCAUCCGAGGGGAGACAAGAGCCAGGGUACCCGCUCCCAGCUGACCCACCGCCCAAACCCACCCCUCUCAGCCACAUUCGCUCCCUCUCAGAGGAAGAGAGGAGUGCCAUCAGGAAGCCUCCCAGCCAAUGGAAAGAGUCAGAUUUAGACAUCGUCCUGUCAGAGCCCACUGAGCGGUGGGAGGGGCCUCUGUCCCCUCAGGGGGGCGACAGUAACACCAAUGAAGCACCGUGGCCCACCAUCACUAAGAGCGUAACAGACUGGAGGACCAACAGUCCAGAACAGGUACUGGUCUCCCUGCCUCGUUCUGCCCCUGGUACACUGGGUUGGCCUCGAUCCGGUGCCGCCUCAUCCCCCCAUUCAUCAUCCCCCUCUUCACAGCAAAUACAGCACCGUAUUUCUGUCCCUCCUAACUCAAGCCAAGGUUCUGCCACCACCUCCCAGCCCUCCCCGCUGUCCCCACAAACAGAGCGGACAGAUCCCCCUCCGGCGGUGGCCGUACGUCCCUACGUCCCGGACCAUCCCUCCAGGCCACAGUCCCCCAGGAAGGGCCCUGCUACUAUGAACAGCAGCUCCAUCUACAGCAUGUACCUACAGCAGCCUCAGGCCAAAAACUACGGAUCUCUGAGCAACAGGGCUACUGUCAAAGCAGUCUACGGUAAACCCAUCCUCCCCUCCUCCUCCACUUCUCCAUCCCCUGUCUUUUUCCUCCAGGGGGGAGGAGGAGGAGUAAAAAUAUCAGGGGAGGAAGCUACAGAUAAAGAUGGAGGAAAAGGAGAAGGAGGAGAGAGCGGCGAGGGCCAAAUUCAACCUCCACCCAGUGUGGACAACAUCCCUCGUCCCCUCAGUCCCACUAAGCUCACCCCAGUUGCCCACUCUCAGCUCCGAUACCAGAGCGAUGCAGACCUGGAGGUUCUCCGCCGCCGCUUCAGCAACGCGCCGCGGCCCCUCAAGAAACGGAGCUCGAUCACUGAACCUGAAGGCCCCCAGGGGCCAAACAUCCAAAAACUGCUCUACCAGAGGUUCAACACAUUAGCAGGAGGCAUGGAGGGAAGCUCAGGCAACACUUUCUACCAACCGGACUGCCUUUUGGGAGACAUGGACAACAUUCAUUCAGCUAAUGGAAACGUAGAACGUGGAGAUAAACAGGUCGCUGCAGCAGCCGCAGAGAGUGAAGCCCAAAACCUGAAUUCAGAUUCCCGCCGUUCGUCUCCUCCUGCAGUUACGACAGAAUUAUCCAAAGAGACAACAGCAGUGGCAGAGACUGGCAACGGCGUCUCACCAUCGACCCAAUCAAGCCCGAUUCCUGUACCUGAGAGACCAGAGGACCAAAAUAAUAACAACCAGAGAGGCUCUAGUCCUGCUCAAAACUCAGUUGGCCACAUCUCUCCUUCACUAUGUCCUCCUGCCCCGCCCACUCUGCCUAAGGUAAAGCGAACCAACCUGAAGAAGCCGUCAUCAGAGCGAACCGGUCACGGCCUGAGAGUCAAGUUUAACCCUCUGGCUCUUCUCCUGGAUGCGUCAUUGGAGGGAGAGUUUGACCUGGUGCAGAGAAUCAUAUAUGAGGUGGAAAACCCCAGCAUGCCCAACGACGAAGGCAUAACACCUCUUCAUAACGCCGUCUGUGCUGGUCAUCACCAUAUUGUGAAGUUCCUGCUGGACUUUGGAGUUAACGUGAACGCAGCCGACAGUGACGGAUGGACCCCGCUGCACUGUGCAGCUUCAUGUAACAGCGUCCACCUCUGCAAGAUGUUGGUGGAGUCAGGGGCGGCCAUUUUUGCCACAACGAUCAGCGACGUGGAAACAGCCGCGGACAAAUGUGAAGAAAUGGAAGAGGGCUACACCCAGUGUUCCCAGUUCCUUUACGGUGUGCAGGAAAAGUUGGGUGUGAUGAACAAAGGUUUAGUUUAUGCCCUGUGGGACUACACAGCCCAGCAGUCUGAUGAGCUCUCCUUCAGCGAAGGUGAUGCUAUCACUGUGGUGCGUCGCCAUGACGACACUGAGACAGAGUGGUGGUGGGCGCGCCUGAAUGACCGCGAGGGAUACGUGCCCAGAAAUCUGCUGGGGCUGUAUCCAAGGAUCAAACCCAGACAACGCUCACUGGCAUAAAGCCCAGAUCAGGCGCCUCAUGCUCGCAGAGGGGGCAUGCAUGCAGGAAAGAAGAAGAAGAAGGAGAAGAAGGAGCAGAAUGAGGGGAGGACAAAGAUGGAGCCACUUUCUUCUAUUUGUGUGGAUGCAACAGAGCCAAAUCGUGAUAGAUGCAGUGUGCAUUUUCACCGAGAUGUUGCAGAGCUGACGUAAAUUCAUAGCUCAAAGUGUUCAGCUGCAUGAGAAAUGCUGAAUGAAAAAAAAAGAGUAUUAAAAAAGCAAUUAAAGCUUUUUUAAAGCUCCACGCAGCUUAAAAUAUGAAACAAUGAGCUUGGAGUCAUAAAGCUCUGUCUGAUAUUCUCCAAAUAUUCUUUAAAUGUCGCUUUAUUUUUGUACUGUGUUAAUUUAAAAUAAUGCCAGCCUCAUCAGCGACAUAGCAAAGGAAUGCGCUCUUUCUCAGCUACAGUGGAAACACCUUCACGCUGCACGGCGUGAAGGUUUGUAAAUGCAGUAAAUUUACAGGCUGAAAGUACGUGUGAGAUGUGAAAUGUGAAAGUGGAGCUGGAAAGAGGAAAGUGAGGGGAGGGUAAACAACGUUAAUGGGAGUCAGGUUUCGGCAGAAAAUGAAUCAGAGGAAAAGAGUUGGAAGUGCAACCACAAGACUGUGACACGUGGAAGCUGGGAUCUGCAUCCACCCACGCACGGUGAAGCAAAAAGGUUUGAAGUCAAGUCAGAAUAAUGGGCUGUUUCUGAGUUCAUAAUCUGACAUUCAAGCAUUUGUCAACUAUUAUGGGAUGAAUGCACGCUCUCACAUGUACAUGUGUUCAACUGCCAAAAUGGUUGUUGAGGGUAAAGGAGGAGAAAGGGGGAAAAGAGGAAGGAAAACAAGAAUGAGGAGAAAAGGGUGUGAAAGUGAAGGAUGGGUGAUACUUUUAUUUAGAGGAGAUAAAAAAAAUGCUGCUAGUUGUUGCAUAUUUUUCUUCAGACUAAAGAUACCGACCCUCAUGUAAAAACUGACGAUUAACCCAUUAAUUAAACGCUACUCUGUCAAUCUGCUGUUAAAUGUGUUAAAUUAAAGGUCCUGUGGCUGCUCAGAAAGGUGGCUUCAAGGAAAGCCUAAUUCUGGCCUGGGAAAGAGAACCUGUGUCAGUGUUGAAAUGGGGCUAAAUUAGCCGUGAGUGGAGGAAGAACUGCUUCCACUGCUUCUGCUUCUGGCCCUGAUUUAUAUUGCUUUAUUUAAAACAAAACAUUGCUUUCUAUUAUUAUUUUUCUCAUUACUAGCACACGCUGCUCCUGUUUCUUUUCAUGUGUCAGUGCUGGUGCUGCUCACUGCUGCCACCUAGUGUACAGGAAAGGUUUGCCACAAAAUAAAGCGCCGUUUUCUUCAGCACGAGCUGUGUAAAAUAUGAAGCAAUAAGAUGAGUGAUGUUUGGUGUGAGAGUGAGAUAUUGUUCUGAGAAGUGCUUACCAUCACUUUGUGUAUAUGCAAACUGUAACUAUACAGCUACUGUACAAUAUUAAUAAAGAAAUUAUAAUCCCUACAGAGAAAAAUAA